AUGGAGCUGAGCGGGCUGACGGUGGAGCUGGUGCUGAGCUGGCUGGUCGCGGAGCUGGCGCUGGCCGCGGCCCUCCAGCCCGACCACGGCGUGAACCAGCGGCCGCCGUUCUGGGGCAGCCACACCGUGUACGGCAACUACUCGGGGGACAUCCUGCUGGGAGCGCUGUUCCCCGUCCACCAGAUGGGACCGUCCGACGCCGACUGCGGACGCAUACAGGGCGAGGACGGCGUUCAGCCUCUGGAGGCGAUGCUGUUCACCCUGGACACCAUCAACAACAGUCCGCAGAUGCUGAACGGCGUGCGGCUCGGCGCCGUGGUGCUCGACUCAUGUGACUCCGACUCUGUGGCUCUGCAGAGGUCCAUGGAGUUCGUCAAAGGGUUUUUCAGCCGGGCCAACCGCCACCACCGUGUCGAUUUCGUCUGCGGGGACGGCCAGCCUCCGGCAUACCGGAAUAACAGCUACGACCGUAUGGUGGGCGUGAUCGGCGGACAGUCGAGCGCCGUCUCCAUACAGGUGGCGAAUCUCUUGCGCAACUUCGAGGUUCCCCAAAUCAGCUACCUCUCCACAUCCACCACGCUGAACGGACCAAAGUACAGCUACUUCUUCCGCACCGUGCCAUCGGACGUCAACCAGGCGGCGGCCAUACUGGAGAUCCUCAAGGUUUUCGGCUGGACGCACGCGUCUGUCGUCUACUCCAACUCGGACUACGGCAACCGCGGCUUCCAGAAGCUGGAGGAGCUGGCCUCCAGCUACGGCAUCUGCUUCUCCAGCCCGCUGCGGCUCGAUCAGGAGCGCCAAGACUAUGACGACGUCAUCGAGAGUCUUGUCAACAAGACCAACGCCAGAGCGGUGGUCGUAUUUGCCGACAAGAUGGCGACCGGCUCGCUGAUGCACGCGGCCAAAGCGCGCAAUAACACGGCUGGCCUGGUAUGGAUCGGAUCGGACGCCUGGUCCUCCCGCGAGACCGUCGUCAAUGGAGUCGAGGAUGUAAUCGAGGGCACCAUUUCGGUGCAGCCGCUGGUGCAGCACCUGAACGGGUUUGACGCGCACAUGGACAGCCUGGACCCGCGCUCGGCGACCAGUCUGGAGCGGAACCCGUGGCUGGCAGAGUUCUGGGAGGAGACGUUCGGCUGCCACCUGUCUGCCGAGCCGGCGGACGGGGACACACGGCCCGAGUGUGACCCCGACGUCCGACUCUCCGUCGGCGGCGGCUACAGGCAGCAGACGUACCUGCACUUUGUGCGGGACGCCACGUGGGCGUUCGCCACGGCGCUGGACGACAUGCACCGUGACCUGUGCGGCGGCCGGCCGGGCCUCUGUCACCAAAUGGGCCACAUUGAGGGCAGGGACCUCCGGCGCUACCUCAGCAACGUCGUCUUCAAAGACCAGAACAGCCAGUCGUUUCGAUUUAUGAAUGGAAGCGGUGAAGGGCCGCCACGCUACUCCAUCCUGAACUUCCAACGGGACGACCUAACAGGCCGCUACUCGUGGAAAACUGUCGGCCAGUACUCCCUGAAGGAGGACGGGAAGGCAAACCUGGAGCUGCGGAGAAACGAGACUCGCUUCAAGGCUCGCAGCAACUACACAUUUCCACUUUCCAGCUGCAGCGCACCAUGUCAAAUAAAUCAAGUCAAGGUUAAAAAGGAGAACGACCUCUGCUGCUGGACGUGCCGCACGUGCGGCCACUACCAGAGGGUGGUGGAUGAGUACGACUGUCAGGAGUGUCCGCCCGGCUCGCUGCCGUCACCCUCUAAACGCGACUGUGUCAUGGUGCCGCUGCAACACGUCGACUAUUCCAGCCCGUGGGCGCUGGCGGCCAUCGCAUUCGCCGUGUUCGGGAUAGUGAUCACGGUGCUGUGCGGUCUGAUAUUCGCCGUACACGGCUCCACGCCGGUGAUCAAGGCGUCGGGUCGGGAGCUCAGCUACCUACUGCUGCUCGGCGACCUGCUCUCGUUCAGCCUGACCUUCGUGAUCGUGGCGCGGCCGAGCGAGCUCAGCUGCGGCCUGACGCGCUUCUUCCUCGGUCUCUGCUACACGGUCUGCUACGCGGCCAUCGUCACCAAGACCAACCGGAUCUCGCGCAUCUUCACGGGCCGGCCGCGGAAGCCGCGCACGCGCUACACCUCUCCGCGCUCUCAGUUGGUGAUCACGGCGCUGAUUACCUUGCUGGAGGUACUGGUGAACGCCGCCUGGCUGCUCUACCGGCCGCCACUCACUCUGGUCGUGACGCCCACUCGGGAGCAGCGGGUGCUCAUCUGCGACGGCCUGGACGACAGCUCCUACCUGAUCGGUCUGAUCUACCCACUGAUUUUGAUCGGGUUCUGCACCGUAUACGCUGUGAAGACUCGCAAAUGUCCGGGUGGCUUUAACGAGGCGCGCUACAUCGUCUUCACCAACUACACGACGUGCGUGCUGUGGCUGGCGUUCGUGCCGCUCUACAUCGCCGCCUCGGACCACGCGCUGCGCACCGUCACUCUAGCCAUGUCGCUGUCCCUCAGCGGGCUGGUGCAGCUGGCCUGCCUGUUCUUCCCCAAGAUGUACGUUGUGCUGUGGAAGCCCGAGAAGAACACGCGUGACGCCGUGAUGGCGCACCGCAACACCACGUUUGUCACAAUGGCGUGCCACGCCGCUCCGGUGGUGCUGAUCAACGGCAGCGGCGGCACCAGAGGACGGCGCCAGGCCCCGCUCUGCUGCCACCGGCACCCAGCCAGCUCCUGCGGCUCGGACGGACCGGCGCUGGCGCCCACCGUGAGCUCUGUCAGCGGAAACUCACCAGCGCGCGUGACCUCUGUGACCGCUCUCCGGCCAGACUUCAGCCGAUGGGAGAACAUCACAGCACUGCGAGGCGGCGUUAUCGUCCGGGAGAGCGCCCUCGGCUCCGCGGGAUUCCUCCGGCGCCGCAAACACUCGGUCUGAGAGAGAGAGAGAGAGAGAGAGAGAGAGAGAGAGAGAGAGAGAGAGAGAGAGAGAGAGAGAGGGAGAGAGAGAGGGAGGGAGAGAGAGAGAGAGAGAG